AUGCUAUCUUCGCUCUCCUCCGGAGCCACCAAUGUGCGCCAAACGAUGGCACAGGUGCUCAACUUUGCCCUUGUCUUAUCCACAGCCUUCAUGUUAUGGAAGGGGCUAUCAAUCUUUAGCGCUUCAUCCAGCCCUAUUGUGGUGGUUUUGAGUGGUAGCAUGGAGCCUGCUUUCCAGCGUGGUGAUCUUCUGUUUUUGUGGAAUAGAAGCCCUCGAGUGGAGGUUGGAGAGGUCGUUGUGUACAACGUGAGGGGCAAGGAUAUUCCUAUCGUCCACCGCGUCUCCCGAACCUUCCCAGAAAUGGAGCCCAAAAAGAACAAAGUGAAGGAAAUCACAGUUGACUCCGCACCGGGUACUCAAAUGCUUCUGACAAAGGGCGAUAAUAACUUGGCUGAUGACACGGAGCUGUAUGCAAAGGGUCAAGAUCACCUGGAUCGCAACGCGGACAUUGUCGGAAGUGUGAGAGGAUACAUCCCAAUGGUUGGGUAUGUGACAAUUAUGCUAUCGGAACACCCCUGGAUGAAGACUGCUUUAUUGGGUUGUAUGGGAUUGAUGGUAAUGCUGCAGCGGGAAUAA